AUGGAUUUUUGGGAUUGGGUGAGAUAUGGUGUUUGUGUUUGGGGGGUGGUGGUGGUGUUUUGGUUGUUUUUUGGGUGGGGUUUUGGUGGGGGUGGGGGGGGGUUUGUGGGGAUUGUGGUGGUGGGUGUAGAGUUGAGGAGGGUAAUGUGGGGUUGGUGUGGGUGUGGGUUGUGGUUUGAGUGUGUUGGUUGUUGGAGUUUGUGUGGUGUGUUUGUAGGUGGGUUUGGUGUGUGUUGGUGGGUAGUGGGUUGGUUAGUUGUGGGUUGUGGGGGGUUUGAUGUGUUUUUGUGUGGUUUUUGGGUGUGUAGUGGUUUUGGUUUGGUUGGGAAUGGUUUUGUGUGUUGUUUGUUUUGUGGAAGGGUGGGGUGUGGUGGUGUGAGGUGUUGGGAGGGUUGUUUGGUUGUGUUGGUGUUUGUGGAUGGGAGGGGGGUUUGGGUGGUGGUAGAGGUUGUUGUUGUUGAUUUUUUUUGUUUAUUUGGUGGUUGUGGGGGGUUUUGUGUGUUGGUGUGUUGUUGUGGUUGGUGGGGUUUGGGGUUGGAGUUGGGGGUUAGGGGAAUUGGUUGGGGGUGGAGGGGUGUUGUUGGUUGUUUUGGGAGGUGUAAGGGGGUUGUUUUGUUGUGUGUUGUUGGGUGGUUUUUUGUGUUUGGGUUGGGUUGGGUGGGUGUGUUGGUGGGUUGUGUUGGGUUAGGGUUUUUGGGGGUUUUUGGUGGUGGUUUGUGGUUGGUUGGGUUGUAUUUGUUUUUUGUUGUGGGGGUUUUUGUUGUUGGGGUUGUGUGUGUUGUUUUUUUGGUGUUUUGUUUGAAUGUUGGGUUUGUUUUUUUUUGUUGUUUUUUUUGUUGUGUGGUUUUUGGUUGGGUUUUUUUGUGUGUAAUAUUUUGGUUGGAGGGUUGGGGGGUGUGGGGUUGGAGUUGGGGGGUUGUUUUUGGGUGUGGGUUUGGUGUUUGGUUGUGGUUUUUUGGGUUUGUUUUAUUGUUUGGUUUGGUGUUGUGUUUUUGGGGUUAUGUUUAG